ACUUCUGCCCUGACAACACAUCAAGAAGAGUAUAUAAUGAAGUGACCCUGGAGCCUGGUUAGCCAUCGAGAACACCGACAAAAGGAACUGCUGUGGACAUCCCAAGUUAAAACUAUGAAGCUAACACAAGUCGUAGCAAUUUCUUUACUCGUUGCACUCCUCAGCUCAGGAAUUGAGAGUUACAGGGUCCAUAAACGAGAAGCUGAAGAGGAGCCUGGCAUUCUGGAAAAAGCACAAGGAUUUUUCCAAACAGCAUACAGCAGCAUCAGCUCUGUAGCAGAGGGAGUGUAUGAUAAAGUAAAAGAGACUGGCGUUCAAGACAAAAUUAUGGAAAUUUAUGACCAGACGACAGAGAAGGUAAAAAUCUAUUACGGCGUCCUCUCUGACCAGGUAUAUCACCUGGCCGGCAGCCAAUAAUGGAAAAUGCUUUCUGAAAAUCAAAAGUGAUGAAGAAGCGAGGCCGAGGCAUUUCUUUUUCUGCAACUUCAUCUCACUGAUCUUCUAACUGCAAUGUUUACUAUCCUCAUUAUUCAAGAACAAAAAAUAAAGCAUUAAUUGCACCAUAA